AUGAGUCCAGUCAAGAACACCAAUACUGGAUUAGGCCCUACACGUCGUAGCCAGGCCUUUUCCCUGUCGUUUGUUUUCCGGGGCUCAACACGAAAGAGGACCAGCACCAUAGCCGAUCUAUCAGAGUCACCUCCAACCUGCGAAGAGAAAAUACAUUACCCUGUCUUCAAUCCUCAUGAUCCUCGACAUAACCCGGGACUUACCCCCAUAUGGCACUGUGAACCCCAGACUGCACCAUCUACACCUCCCCAGACUCUUGAGACCCAGAGCCUUCCCCGACGGUCAUUUCACAAGGCACGAUCGGGUUUGCUGGCCUUGAGAUCAGGAAUGCUUCGCCGCUCAAAUACACAGGACAGCGCCAUUGAAGAGAACCCUGGACCUGUUGCUCCAGUGGGACUGGUAGAUCUGGGACAUGGUCAACAUGGUCGACAUGGUCACCUCUUAUCGGGAUUCUCAACUGCUACCACCCAAGAAGACUUGAACUUCGGGGCUCCGCUGUAUCGAACUGGCAGGCCUUGGCCUUCUUUGAAUGAGGUGGACGAUGAGACCCUGGCCAAUCCAUUGACAAACUCGAUUUCUGCACCUGGGGUGCUCGAAAGUCACCGUGAUGCCUUUCCUGGCUUGCCCUAUGCAGAGAGACACGUUCCAGGGUCGGUCUUGGUUCACCCAGUGAGUCUACCCUUUGAUGAACCGCAUAUGCAUGGUUUGGGCCAUAAUGGCCAUAAUGGCACCCGCAAUAUUCAGCUCUCCAAUGAGAUGAAGUUGGAUGCUGAGGCAGAACCAUCGAACAGCACUGAGUCAAAUGUUGCAACCAACAACCGUCUUGCUCACUAUCCCCUGUCAACAGAUUGGGGAGUAAUUGAAUCGCCCGAGGAAGUUGCCAGUACCACGAGUCCGGUUGGCAGAUGCUCUUGUCAGCUGGAUGGCCCUCGGUCUGUUAUUCCAGAACAGAAUCAAGUUCCCAACUUGUCAGAGGUCCCUUUCAUUUCCUUGCCAUCCAUUUCCUUGCCAUCAAGUGAUGAGCCCAUGGAAUCUCGAGAGGACAAUGUGCGAGCAGAUUCGGAUUCGCUGAGUAGUACCUCCAGCUCAAGCAUCUCUUAUCACCGAGCUUCUCCUAUGACAAAACUGAAGCCACUGAUCACUCGGUCAGGGCUUGACGACAGACACUCUAUGAGCUUUCAUACGGCGGCGUCUUCUGUACCGGUCUCGAGAAACUGCUCUGCGGAGGUCAGGUUUGCCUUUCCGGGGUUGUACCAUGAGUUGCUCGACCAGUGGAUACGACAAUCGCAUAAUAACUGCGCCAAUGACGGCACGGGUGCAACACCCAGCCCUUCCCAAACAGAAGCAGUCACAGUAUCGGCCCAGGAAGUUAUCGAGACACCAGGCACGCCAUCUAAUAACCUACUUCCAACCCGUGAGAUGCUUGUUUUGGGAGAGGGCAUAGAACAAUCCAACUCCGCACAGACCGAAGACCAGAAUCCUGGUCUUGACUUGGAACCACUUCGAUCGUUCAAUCAAUCGACCGCAGCAAGUGGUCCGAGUACAAUUUCGCAAGAUGCAAAUGUUCAUCCAGCAGAAACGAGUUCUAGCGACGUGUCUGAUGAACAAUUGGUGAUAUGCACAUCACCGACGACGACCGAGUCAAGCGCCAAAACACGCCACUCGUUUGGGUUGCAUAUGUCUUUGAACGACAAAAUUGGGGUCGGGACUAGGCAGACUGGACCGAGCGAGAAAAUGCUUGAGCACCAGAUCCCCGACGAGGUCCGGAAUUAUUCUCUUGUCAGGGAGCGUGAUAUGAUCAGAUCCCCAGGUGAUGAAACUGAAUCGUCAAGCCAUUUUACUUGGGACGACACUACUUCUGCAGAAGUCACAUCAAGGACGUCUAUGUCCAUCGGUCCAUGGUCCCCAGUCGACGGGGAGAUCCGUUUCUCAGGAUCAUUCAGGGACGAAUAUUAUCUCGUCGACGGCAAGGCUAGCGGAAAUCAUCCUGAUCGAGGUGAUCAGCCCGUCAAAGCAGGCCAACGUACCAUUUGCGACGGCAGCAUUCACGGUGGGCCUGGACUAGACCGGACCCCGUCGAGCAGAAUCCGGGAGGUGACCGAACUGAUGUCUCCGAUGGUUUCGCUCAGGGGCAUAUUGCAGUCGAGCAACGAAUCCAAUUUUGAAAGGGAAAGGGAGGAGAGUGAAUCAAACGACGAAUAUAUUCCUACAUACCGCGCGCAACCGAGGCAUCUUCAUUGA